AUGAAGCUAUCUUCACUCUUGUGGGCCUACGCGGCAACCAGCGCCCUAGGCGCAUCAUGGAUUGCGCCAGGUGCUGUGUGGUAUGACACCGAUGGGAACAAAAUCGAUGCUCAUGGAGGAGGAGUCGUGAAGCGUGGCGAUACCUUCUACUGGGUCGGUCAGGCAGCUAGCAAUCAAACGCCGAACUUGUAUUCAUCCACCGAUCUUAUCAAUUGGAAGAACCUUGGGAAACAGGCGAGCUCUGUGACUGGAAUGUGGCGGCCAAAGAUAGCAAAGCCGAACGGUUCAUUUUGGUUGUAUGGCCAGCAAGACCGUUAUGUUCUUUCCCUAAAGUCGGCGAACUUCGUCGGGGGCUAUGGCCAGUCAGCCAAGGUUCAUAUCCCGCCAAAUGACUACUCCUAUUCGGAUACUGGAAUGUUCUACGACGAAGACGCAGACACAUGGUUUCUCCUAACCAGCGCCGACCACAAUGUCGUCCAGGUUAACCGUAUCAACAAGGACGGUACGCUGGGCGACAAAGUUUCGGAUCUGAGAAGCGGAGCAUACGAAGCCCCAGGCAUAGUGAAAGCCGACGGCGUGUAUUUCUUGAUCGUCUCGGGGAAGACUGGCUGGCGUGCCAACCCCAACAAGGUCUUCUGGUCAAGUUCGAUUAAUGGCCCUUGGGCUGGGGGGUCGGAUAUCGCUCCACAAGACCAGAAAACCUACGGCUCGCAGAAUACAUUCGAGUUGACGGUUAAGGGCUCGCAAAAGACCACUUAUAUUUACAUGGGAGAUGCUUGGGACUCGAAAGGAGGAGCAAGCUCGAAUUAUGUAUGGGCACCCCUGAACAUCAAUGCCGGAUCGCACUCGGUUCAGAUUGACUACCAUUCGAUGUGGAAAGUCGAUGUUAAUACUGGAGUGGUUUCUUACCCUAGCACACUGAAGCGUUAUGAGGCCGAGCAUGCCAUAUUGUCAGGCAGGACAGUGGUGAAAGAUUGCAAUGAAUGUCUAAGCAAGCGUUCUGUACACGGAGUGAGCGACUCAAGCGAAGUAACCUUCCACAAUGUUACCGGCACCGGAUCCCGUCAAUGGUUUUCUUUUCACUACCGAGUCACCAACCCAGAGGCUGGUGAGGCUCACAUCUUUGUCAAUGAUGAGCCUGCCGUCAACAUUUCAAGCCUAAACUCUCGCGCGGGAUACCACACUUCUACCCCAGUCCAGCUUACUCUGAAGCCUGGUGAUGCGAACACUAUCACGUUUGGAGCAACAGGCUCUGACGGAUUUGAAGUUUCCGUGGACGGGAUUGAACUCUUCGAAGAGGAUGAAGAAUGA